AUGAUAUUGAAAACAUCGAAUGCUUCAUGUAUUCAUCAUGAAUCUGAUGGUGAUGCAACUUACAGACGAAUAAGAAAGUACAAGGUCACAGAUAUUCAUAUUUUUUUCUUCUUAAAAUGGUUCAUGACGAGAUUGAACUCUUGGAAUUGGAAAAAGAGUAAUAUAUGCAUGCCACAGCACACUACAACCGUGGUCGCGGUGAAAUGGAGUGUUAACUAA